UCUUAAGCAAGAAGCACAUGGCAUUCAUGGCAUCCAACAAAUGCUCAUUGUUGGCCUUGUUAGUUCUUAGUGUUUUUGUUUUGGUGACCGCAUCUCGUGUGUUGAAUGAGGUCUCUAUGUCCGAUAGACAUAACCAGUGGAUGCUUGAGCAUGGCCGGGCAUACAAAGAUGUCAUUGAGAAACAACAUCACUUCGAGAUAUACAAGAAGAACGUUGAGUUCAUUGACUCCUUUAACGCUGGGGAUCACAAGUUUAAGCUUGUAGCAAACCACUUUGCCGACCUGACCAAUGAGGAGUUUAGAGCCAUGUACAAUGGCUUUAGACUUUCUUCCACCGAUAGCAGCAAGGCAAAGAGUUCUUUUAAGUAUGAGAACAUCACUGCUGUGGCUGAGUUUGUGGAUUGGAGGACCAAAGGCGCUGUCACCCAUGUUAAGAACCAACAACAAUGCAGUUGUUGUUGGGCAUUCUCUGCAGUGGCUGCCAUGGAAGGAGCUAUCAAGCUCAGCACCGGCAACUUAAUUUCCCUUUCUGAACAAGAAGUUGUGGAUUGCGAUGUCUAUGGGGAGGACCACGGAUGCAAUCCUAGCUUCACGGAUGGUGCCUACAAGUUCAUCAUUCAGAAUGGUGGCCUCACUACUGAAACAAACUAUCCUUAUAUGGCAACUCAAGGCACCUGCAACAGGCAGAAAGCAGCCUCACAUGCAGCCCAAAUUAAUGGCUAUGAGGAAGUGCCUGCAAACAAUGAGGCGGCUCUCCUUAUGGCUGUAGCUAACCAGCCGGUCUCUGUUACCAUUGAUGCCAGUGGCUCUGCCUUUCGUUUUUACUCUAAUGGUGUGUUCAACGGUCCUUGUGGAACUGAACUAGAUCACGCUGUCACAGCAGUUGGCUAUGGGCAAGAUAGUGAUGGAACAAAGUAUUGGUUGAUCAAAAACUCAUGGGGAGAAUCGUGGGGUGAGGAAGGAUACAUAAGAAUGGAAAGGGAUGUUGAAUAUGCUCAAGGUCUUUGUGGUAUUGCCAUGCAGGCAUCAUACCCUACUAUUUGAAGACAUUGACAAGUUCCUAGUCUCUUUCUAUCUAUGAGUUGUGUUCGUAUUGUAAUCAUAUAUAGUCAUAGUGAGACUGUCAUGUUAAAUAAGCAUGUGGUGUGUGCUGCAUGUAUGUAGAUACACACACGUACAUGUAAUAUACUCAUAAUUGGGCUCUAAAUCAAUAAAGCAAUGCAC